AUGUCUCAAUCCCAAGCAUCUGAGAGUCAAUAUACAGGAUCCCAGUACGCUAAUUCAUUCAUUGAUCCAGACCUUCUGCAAUCAGAUGAUUUCCUAGACGCGCCUAGUAGUCAGAUUACAGCGCAAUCAACUCCUUUCUCUGAAUUUCCCCCUCCAACUCGAUAUCCUCACGCGCCCGAUUCACUUGCGCGUAUCGUCUGUAAGUCCCGCCAGCAGACCUAUAUUCUCUACAACAACGAUAAAAGCGAUCGAACAAUGGACGAAUCUCGGAAGCAGUUUGUGGAAUGGUGGUUGAUGACUGAGUUCGGCGCUAAGAAAGAGCUUCAGAAGUCUGUUCACUGGGAUAGUCAUCUCAAAAAGUCUGAUGUUUGGGAGUCAUUUGAUCAAGUUGCAAAUACGAAGACUGGCGAGCCUAAGGUUAUGUGUAAACGCUGUCAGAAUGUGAUCGUUCACCCAGGGGUUUACCGUGCUGGUCCGUCUCCGAUGAAGGCCCAUCUUACUAGUGCAGUCUGUGUUAAGCCACGGAAGACUGCAAAGCAAGGCAUUAACCAGUUACUACGAGAGAUGCCGCGUCAAAAGAACAAGCACGGAAUUCAGCCAGGCGACACUCCAGAAGAAGAUCCUCAAGUUCAUCACAACUACCCGUCUUCCAUUCCGCACUUUUGA